AAAAAAUGCAUCUCUUCUCAUAAGUCACAUGUAUAUAAGCACUCACAUGUCCAUCUCACAAUUUGAAAGCUCCAUAGAGUCCUGAAGAGAGAGUUUCUGUGAGGAAAAGGAGUGAAUUACUAAGCCAUGGGGAGGCCUCCUUGCUGUGAUAAAGUUGGCAUCAAGAAGGGUCCAUGGACUCCAGAGGAGGACAUCAUCCUAGUCUCCUACAUCCAAGAACAUGGUCCAGGAAAUUGGAGAUCAGUGCCUACCAACACUGGGUUAUUAAGGUGCAGCAAAAGUUGCAGACUUAGAUGGACUAACUACCUCAGACCAGGAAUCAAACGAGGGAACUUCACUCCUCAUGAAGAAGGGAUGAUAAUCCAUUUGCAAGCUUUAUUGGGUAACAAAUGGGCAGCCAUAGCUUCUUACCUCCCACAACGAACUGAUAAUGAUAUAAAGAACUACUGGAACACCCAUCUGAAGAAGAAGCUAAAGAAAUUUCAAUCUGCUUUGGAUCCCCACAUGGCAUCAGACUCAGCGAGUACCACUCAGUUUGUAUCAAAAGGCUUUAAUAAUGAGAGAAGAAGCAGCUUAGAUAUGAGCAGCCCUGCCCCAUCCUUGGGGGUAAACCAAUCCUCCUCUACAUAUGCCUCAAGCACCGAAAACAUAUCGCGACUGCUAGAAGGUUGGAUGAGAUCUUCCCCAAAGAAUAACAACGACACUAUUCACAUCAAUGAACCCCAUGAAGAUAACAAGGUUAAUGACAAAAGCAGCAAUUUUGGCAAUUCAGCAUCAGUGACUACUAGUACUACUCUUCAGUGCUACCAACCCAAAGCUGAGCAAGAAGGUGGUGGUGGAGGUGGUGGUGGCGGCGGCGGUGGCGGUGGUGGUGAUAUAGUCUCUCAUGAAGAUUUUGAUUCAAUAUUAUCUUUCGAGAACAUGAACAAUGCCGCUUCAGCGUGGGACAAGUCAACCUGUGAUUCUAUGCCUGCAGAGGCUAACAAAACCUCUCAAACUGAUGCAAAUGAUGACAAGGUAAUUCAUGUCAUGACAGAGAGGAAUAGGCAAAGAUCUGAGAACUCUCCGCCCUUAUCAAUUCUUGAGAAGUGGCUUUUCGAUGAAAGUGCUGCUGGUCAAGUAGAGGAGAUGAUGGAAUUGUCUCCAAUGUUCUAACAACAUCAUGAUCUCUUUUUUAAUUUAGAAUCAAAUUAUAUGAUUUGAAAACCAAGUGUUUCAUCCUUUUUCUAGGGUUUAUUUACCUUUGUUGGGGUUCUGAGAAGCUGGAACCUCUUUGCAAAAUGCAUGUAACUUUUUCUGAAUGAAUUAUCUCAAGUAACAUUAGUCUUGCUCCUUAA